ACGUUCCAUUCAAAUGCACUAUACGGGGUUACGGUUUUUUAUGAAGCUAUCAUUUAAGGGUCCGUUCCAGUUCUGAUAAUGUAUCCUGUUAAAUACUUAUAUGCUGAACAUCUGCCAUUAAAGUUGGUCGACUUGGAACGCGGUUGUCUGUUAUUAAGGAACAGACACGUAUUUCGAGAGCAAAUAGUAUGGCCCUGUUUUGCAGGAAGUAGCCUCCGAAGCGUUUUCCAAAUAGACUUUAAACAACGUUGUUGACAUGAGUGGCCCUGAAGCCCAUUUCGAUCCAAAAGAGCAUCAACACCUGCGGUAUAACCCUCUGAGGGACACCUGGGUCCUGGUCUCAGCCCACCGCAUGAAGAGACCCUGGGCCGGUCAGGUGGAAAACCCUCCAGAGGAAUGUAUACCAAGAUAUGAUCCUUACAAUCCACUGUGUCCUGGAAACACACGUGCUAAUGGAGAGACAAAUCCAGAAUACAAGAGCACUUUUAUUUUUGAAAAUGACUUCCCUGCCAUGCAGUCAGAUGCUCCGGAUCCUCCUUCAGAUCAACAUCCAUUGUUCCAGUCUAAAGCUGCCAGAGGAGUGUGCAAGGUCAUGUGUUUCCAUCCCUGGUCUGACAUCAGCCUUCCGUUGAUGAAUCAAGGAGAAGUUGUCAGUGUGAUUGACAAGUGGGCGGAACUCAUAGAAGAACUGGGUGCCACCUACCCUUGGGUUCAGAUCUUUGAAAAUAAAGGAGCUAUGAUGGGUUGUUCCAAUCCACAUCCGCAUUGUCAGGUGUGGGCUAGCAACUUCCUCCCAAAUGAGCCAGCUCUGUCUGAUCGUUGUCAGAGAGCCUUCUAUGAAAAACACAAAGAGCCGCUGCUGCUGCAAUAUGCCAAGCAAGAAGUUGAGAGAAAGGAACGGUUGGUGGUGAUGAAUUGUAAUUGGCUGGCAGUGGUUCCUUACUGGGCGACGUGGCCCUACCAGUUGCUGCUGUUACCACGCCGACAUGUCCUCAGAAUCAAUGAGUUGACCGCAGAGGAGAGGGAGAGCCUGGCGGACAUUAUGAAGCAACUGCUGACCAAAUACGACAAUCUAUUUAAUGUGUCCUUUCCCUACUCCAUGGGUUGGCAUGGAGCCCCCACUGGCCCUUACUUAAAGGAUGACAACUCCCAUUGGCAGCUGCACGCUCACUACUACCCACCUCUGCUGCGCUCAGCCACAGUUAAGAAGUUCAUGGUCGGCUAUGAGAUACUUGCUCAGGAGCAGAGAGACCUCACUCCUGAACAGGCUGCAGAGAGGUUACGGAAUCUACCAGAUGAGCACUAUAAAAGAAAACACGGAGAAGAGAAAUGAAGAAGACAAAAUGUUAAUGGAGUUUAUAGAUCAAAGGAGUGGAGAAAAUGGAAAUAAUGUUUUUGUACUCUAAACAAGUCAAGGCAAAAAUAAAACAAAAAAUCAAAAUAUCCAAUAUUA